CCGCCUGCCGAGGUCCGCUUGGAGGAAGCGGUCCAGUUCCGUCUAUCAAGCUGCGACAAGUUGUGAUCAAUCCCCAGCUGGAUUCACCUCACACCCAUCGUCUGAGAAUGUGAGCUGGGCCGACACAGCGCCCAGAUCUACUCAGACAUGAGCGACUCGGAUAAGAAAGAAAACGGCCCCGUCCUGGUUCCAGAGCCGGAAGGAUCCCCGGCUCAAGAUGACGUCCAGCCAGAAUCGCAGUCGACAUUAGACGUCGCGAGGCGCUUCCUCCAGACCGACGAGGUGCGUCGGGAAUCCAGAGAGGAAAAGGUCAUAUUUCUCAAGACCAAGGGCAUCAGCGAAACCGACAUCAACGCGCUCCUUGAAGAAGAUGCCAAAGCCGUCGCGUCUGGCAGCUCUGAGACAACAGACGCGCCCCAAGAAGCAGUAGCACCCACCGCCACGGCCAGCCAGGACAAGGAUGUGGCAACAUCCCAACUCCCAGUUCCAGAGCCCGCCUCCGCGACCGUCCGGGACCUCGAGACGCCGCCCAUAACCCAACUCUCGCAUCUGACCCUAGAAUCCGAGCCGGUGCCAGACCACGCCCCCAUCGUGACGUACCCCGAAUUCCUGACCCGACGCGAGCGCGCCCCGCCCCUCGUCACGGCCUCGGGCUUCCUGCAGACGGCCUCGGCCCUCGCCGGCUUCGCGACACUCGUCUACGGCGCGUCGCAGCACGUGCUGACGCCCAUGGUCUCGUCGCUGACCGACGCCCGCGUCGAGCUGCAAGAGCAGGCCUCCCGGGGGCUCGGCUCGCUCGUGUCCAAGCUCGAGGAGAUGGUCUCGGAGAUCCCGGCCGCCACCAAGACCGCCACCACAGCGACGGCCAUGCAGCAGCAGCAGCAGCCGGGCGACGACGCGGCCAGCAGCUGCGGCGACCCGACCGAGGUAUUCCACCGCGACAUCGGCGUCCAGACCGCCACGCCGCCCCUGACGCCGGCGCCGCGGCAGGACGCGGCCGACGUGGUCGCCGCCCAGGCGCUCCGCGUCUCGGGCCUAGCCGCGUCGCUCCGUGAGGUCAGCAUGGGCAUCGCCGCGCAGAGCGAGGGCUACGACGCCAUCAAAGCGGCGCUGGACGUGUUCAAGGACGACCUCGACCACAUGUCGCGCCCCUACCCGACCCAGUUCGGCGCCGGCUACACCCUUUACGGGAGCGCGGGCAGGCGCGAGCCCGACGACGAGGUCAAGGCUGUCAAGGAAAACAUCAGGAGGGUUAAGGGCGUCCUGCUGAGUUCCAGAAGCUUCCCGGUGGCUGGUCGAUAGGACGAUCUCUCUGGGAAGGAUGAUCUCUCUGGGAAGGACGAUAUCUCUGGGAAGGACAAUCUCUUUGGGGAGGGCGACCCCCGCGUGUCCUUUUUGAGGUCGAGGGUCUAUGAGAUUCGCUGUGGGAAGGACGACCCCUUCGGGCAGGGCGAUCCCCGAAGGAAGUAUAUGUCCUUGUCCUAUGAGAGGGAGAAGCUCUAUAGCAUUGAUUGAUCGCUGGGAUAAACUUGGACUUGCCCUGUGGUUGAAGACAAGGUAAUGUGUGCGAAUAGACCACAUGGGCUGGGAUAAGCCACGUGAAGAGAUGCUCGUUUAUAAUAUCACCCUUGGAAUACCAUACAAUUCCUGAUAAAUCAAACCCUAAUUGCUUAGAAUCGUCGUUCGUGCGUGCUAUCAUCAUCUAUAUAUAUAUGUCCAUGUCCCACUCGUCUAUCAUACAACCAAACUGCCCCGGUAGCUUAU